AUGUACGCCUACCGUGAAGAACGUCCCGGGAUCCGCGUCGCCUACACGACGGACGGCCACCUCCUCAAUCAGCGGCGGAUGCACUUCCAGUCGCGUGUUUCCACAACCACCGUUCGCGAACUUCUCUUCGCCGACGACUGCGCCCUCAACACCACCUCGGAAGAGGACAUGCAAAGGAGCAUGGAUCUCCUCGCUGCCGUCUACAAGAACUUCUGCCUGAUCAUCAACACGGAGAAGACGGUGGUCAGGCACCAACUGCCACCCAACACUGCCCACAAUGCGCCGCAAAUCAGCGUGAAUGGAACCCAACUGCAAGUGGUAGACAACUUCACGUAUCUGGGCAGCACCCCCUCCGCAGCACCAAAAUCGAUGAUGAAGUAG